UUAGAGCAAGAGGAUGAAGUAGGAUCAAUAUCAAAUUUGUCAGGUUUUAGAUUAUUUCUCUGUAUUAGUUAGGAUUUACAAUAAAAAGAAGGCUUGCUAUUUAGCAUUCAAAUGCAUAAUAUGAUUAAAUUUUAAUGAAAAUCAACCCAAUUAAGAAAAAUAAACAAAAUAAAGGGUUUAAACAUUACAUGCAAUUUCAUUCAAUAAAAUAUAGAACAUAAAUAUAAUAAAUUUGACAUUAAAAAGAUUAUGUACACAUGAUCUAACAUAUGGUAGUUUAUAUUAAUAAUGUAACAGUAGGGCUGUGGCUCUCUACCCAAGAGAUCACACAGUUCGAUUCCCAGAGAAAUAAAAAUAAACAUUUGCAAGUGGGUUUGGACUGUUUUCUUUUUAAAAUGUUUAAUUUAAUUAAUUAAAAUACCAUUCGUGGAAACAAACCCUUUUAAAAUUUGUACAGUAGCAAAAAAGUGUGUUAUAUAAUUUUUAAUCAACAGAUGUUGUAAUGAUUUUUUUUUCUAUAAUACUUGUAACAAAUAAUUUAACAAUCUAUUUUUAUGUUAGAAUAAAAGAUUUUCACUAUUUUCAAGGUGGUUGGGGAAAUUGGAGCAAGUUAACUUCCUCUGGAAUAUUCUUCUCCAUAAAAGAAAUUCUCUAUUACUUACUCACCUUGACAAAUAUGCAUACUAACUUGAAGCAGCAUAUUAAAGACUUUAAAAGAAGAGUGGUUGCCAGGAGUUUACUAACAUGUACUUACAACCUCAACAAAAAGCUGUGAUUGCGUUGUGUCAAAUAUAAAUUUGCUGAAUUAGAGUUGUUUGAGAUCAAUCACAUGAAUUAAUUUUUUAAAGUUUUUUCUUCUACGAUUAUAUUUUGGGCUACAACAUGAGAUUUUAUGGGAUAGGGAGUUGUAACCUCUUGUAUUCUUCCCUUGGCUGUGCCCCAUGUAGUGCCAGCUUGACAAUAUACAAACAUUAUGUAAUUGUUUAAAUUAAUACACUUGUCAAAACAACAUUAAAUAGCUAUUUUGUACUUACUAAAACCUGAAAUAGUGCAAUUUUACUGACUCAAUGCACAUCACUAUGAAAUAUAUUUUAAUAAGAUAGUGCUCGAAAAAUUUUAGCAAUUUUACAUAGAUCUCUAUAUGUGACAAUAAAUGCCCCUGCAAUAAAAAAAGGGGGCAACACCAACAUUUGAAUUUUUAAUUGUGCUGUCAUUCCAUGUAAUGUGGCUUGGUAAUUCAUAAAAUAAAAAUGUCCUAUUCUAUAUCAAAAAUUGAUCAAUUUAAUUUUGUUCAUUAAAUCUACAAAAUAAAAAAGUGUUACUAAUAUAAUUCCAAAGACCACGGCAGCUAAUAUUAAUAAAAAUAAAUGUAAGAAUAUCUUUUGUGAGUUAAUAUUCUAAUUCUUUGGCUAACUAAAAGGUACCUCAACAACAAAAUGUUAUUUUUUGGUAGCAAAAAAUUUAAAUUUUAUAAACACCAGAUUUACAGUGUCAUUUCACUAAUUAACUGUGUGGAUUUUGUUGUUUUAUUAAAAUUAUCUUAUUAUAGACUGUACAAAAUUUACAGGGACAGUAAGAUCAAGAUUUCUAAAUUGGACUCUCAAUUCUAACACCUGAUUUAAUGUUUACAUCAAAUUUCAGUUGCAACACAGAUUGUGUAUUAUUAUUUUAUUUUGCUAAACAUUUACAACAAUCCAAAGGUAAUCCAAUUAACUUCUUAAUUUCAGGUUCUCUGUUUAGAAUAAUGGAAAUGAAUUUCAACACGCUAUUAAUUUGUAUAAACUUAUAUGAUCUGUUCCCUUCACUUGAAUGAUUGGCCAUAAAUUAAAAAAUAUUAAUAAAUCUUCAUUUUUAAAAGGAACAGGGUUGGAAAAAUGGUGGCAUCUUUCAAUUUGUUAUGUUGUAUUAUAUUACUGUGGUCUUACAAUGUAAACAUGGAGACAAGGAAGAUUCCACAAAAGUGCACCGUUCCUUACUCAAAAGGCUCACUGAUUGAGCCUUGUGGAUAUUGCCGAGUAUGUGUUAAAGAAGAGAAUAAAGGGAUUACCAUUAACAGAUGUCUAAACCCAAAUAAUGUGGCAAAAGAUAUUUUUAAGUUUCCACUAUUUAAUGAAAUCAAAAUAGUAGCAACUCCCAUUCCUUACCUUGUUUGUAAAAAUGUUAACUAUUGCAAACCUAUAUAUGCUUCGCAAAGUCGAUGUAAUUGUAGUGAAGCUCGGAAAGACAAGAAGGGUAAAGGUGAAUGUAUCAGUAUGUUUGGCUCCUGUAAAUGUGGUUGUGAAAAUAAUAGGUACGGACAGUUGUGUGAAAAUCCCAUUCCUCCAGGAAUUGAUAAGGAAUCAUUUGCUGAUAUUCAAAAUAUUAUUUACUCGCCCAUGACAUUUUCAAGUGACUAUGCAUCUUUUACAAUCUAUUUUUACAGAACUGGAGUUAAUGUUAAUAUUGAGAUCCUAACUGAGCGUGAAAUUUUAAUAUAUGAUGAAUUAAGUUGUAGAAAUAAUGUUUUAUCUUUCUAUGAUCACUGCAAUAAUUUGUUUGGGGAAGGAGAACUUUAUUUAUAUGAGACAUUUUGCAAGGGUUCACCCAUAUAUCUAGAUGAAUCUGACAAUAUAGAGUGUGCAGUGGUGGUCAACCUUGCUUUUCCUCGAGUUCAAAUAAAUCCUCAAAAUGCAAACAAGUUUAUUCAUAACAACCCAAAGAUAAAAAAUUUUACCAUGAAAGAUGUUGUCGCCAAGCUUGAAGUUGUAAACAUUUUUGUCCGCAACAAAAUGUUGGAUGAGUCUGAUAAAAUGACAGUAUUUUCUAAAGAAAAUGAUUUUAUAGUCAUUUAUGAUAGUAAAUCUCAUCUGGAAACUUGUCUUCCACGUGUAACAAUAUCCAAAUAUGGAAGCACAAUGUUUAACGUACCUAGUUUUCCUCGUACAAAAGAAAUAGUUGUUACGAGUACAGUCACCCUCAAUGAUGAUCCACAGUGUGAAAAUCAGGGAGAUCCAGAAUUGAAUUGGUUUAUAUGGCUUAUUGGAUUAAAUCACAAUGAAAUGGAGGAUAUUCCAAUUUUUGAAGCCUUCAACACUCCUGUAUUAAUUUUAAAGGCAUUUAUGUUGGAAUUUGGCAUGUAUAAAGUAAAGCAUGAGGUCCAUUUUGUUGAAAGAACUUUUAGUAAAGAAACCACAUACUGUUACUUCAAAAUUGUACCACUUCCUUUGGAACCAAUCAUUAUUGGAGGCAGUUUGAGAUAUGUUUAUUAUAAAAACGAUUUAGAACUCAUCACCACAAACAUAACAGACCUGAACAUGCCUUUGUCUCAACAAAUGAGUGUGAGACGUAUUUGGUAUUGUAACGACACUAAUGACCCUUUAUGCAAUCCGGUUGAAACAAAAAAUUUAACAUUGAUAAGAUCUGGACCAUUUGUGAAAGGAAAAGUUUACAAUAUUAUAAUGAAAAUAAAAACUUCUACAAAUUUUGAGGAAGUCAGUCAAAUCAUAAUCAUGACUUCAAAUCCAGUCCCUAGUUUACUAAUUGAAUGUUUAAAAAAACUGUGGAGGGAAGAAUUUUAAAUCAGAUACCAGAGAUAUUUUCUAUUUCAAAGUCAGGAUUUCAUUAUACUCAACUCAACAGGAAGAAGGAAAUAAAGUAUAUGACUGGACAUAUACUACUAAUACUGGUUCAAGCUCAAGCUUAGACCUAAUGAGACAAGAAGAGGAAACACCAAAUUGGAUUCUAAUUGUUAAAAGAAAUACACUAGAUUUUGACCAAGAAUAUACUUUUAAGGUGACAGGAGGAGGAGAUCCUAGAGGGGAAGCACAAAUUACAGUGAAGACUUUUAAGCCAAUAUUGUUAGAGUGUGAUAUUUCACCCAAAGAAGGAGUUGCGGGUGAAACCAAGUUUUUUGUGAAGUGUUCAAUAGAGAACAAUGAACCACGCCCUAUGUCAUUAACACUCAUUUUCUAUGAUAUGUUUGAUAAAGACAGUCUUGACCGGCGUUUGUUAGCUUCAACUUUUGUUAAUGCAGUUGACAACAUUGUUCUUACCAGAGGAACAGUUGCUGUUUUUGCUACCAAUAUAUACGGACAGUAUCAAGACACAUAUCUUACAGUCCUUCUGACCUCUCCAAUCGUAAAUUCCAAGUUCCUUGAAGAGACAACCAAAACUCUUGAGAAUUUCAGCAAAAGUCAAGGAUAUGAACAAAAAAUUAGCUACAUAUCAGCAAUGUGUGACAUUUUAAAUAGUAACCUUCCAGUUAAAUAUGAAGCUGUUGAAACUUUUCUAGAGAUUAUCAACAAAGGACAGGUAAGUAAUUUAGUGGAGCUUGAGUUGUUACUGUCAACUACAAAGGACAUUGUGUGUGAUAAAAACAACUGUAAUAUGCCUUCAAUGACUGGAAGAAGUUAUAUGUUUCUUUCUCAAAUACUGUCUACAGCAGGAAAAUUUUUUGAAAAUGAACUUAUCAGAAUGUCAAGAAUUAAUUCAGAAAUGACUACAUCCAAGGUCAAUUUACUACAAACAACUUUUCUGCAAUGUGCAGGUGUCCUGUUAAGUGUUCGUGAUAAAAGACUAAUGAACAAAAAGUUUGUUGAUAUUGACUACAGCAUUCAUAAACAGUUUAUGUUGGGAAACCUUGAAACCAUGAAAGCUCUUUACAGAGUAAAUCGAGGACUUAUCAUCAAAAAUAUUCCUUACAUCGAACACAAAAGUGUGCAAACAGAACACAUUGAAACCUGGAUGAAAGAUGAUACUCCUACCUUUUUUACUAAAGGGACAAAAGACGGUUAUGGAGGUAGUUAUGUAAGAAUAUCUCAUCGAUUAGCCAACUUUCUCUAUAAAAAAUCCAGUUCAAUUGUACUUAGCACUAUGGAAUUCAAGCAGGAUCCAUAUUGGUGGUCUCAAAUAGAGGAAGUCUCUACUGUGGUAUUUUCUAUAACCUUGGGGUAUGUUUUAAGUGAUCAAAAAUAUAUUGCCAUUAAGUCAUUUGUGUCUCCUAUUGAUAUAUUUCUAAAGAAAAAGAAUAGUGGUUGGGGAACUGUGGAAGGAAACGUGACUCAACCCAACCCUACAGAUGAUCUUGAUAUAAAUGAUUUGGCUGUUGCUAUUCACAGAAUACAUCCACCUAAAGGAUCAAUGAUUUCAUUGAAUUUUACCAAGUUAGAAGAAAAUGAUGUAUUGAGAGUAUAUGUUAGUAUAAAUAAACGUCCAGAUUAUGAUCAGUUACUAGAGGGAACUUUGAUUACCAAUCAAUUUCCAUGGUAUCAACCUUUGGUAUGGACAAGAGAGGAUGAUGAUAUUUUAUUUAUUGGAAUUUUACCUGGAAACAAUGUUUCAGUUGGAGAAACUAUCUCAUAUAAGUUUGAGUUCCAAAGCCAAAGGUGUCAAGUCUGGUAUGAGAGCCUGUGGACUAUCUCUGGCUGUAAACUUGGUACGGAAUCGACAGAAGAGCUACUACACUGUCAAUGUACUCAUUUAUCUUCAAUUGCUGGAUUUUUACGAGUUCCGAUAAACUCAGUUAAUCCAUUCACAGAUUACAGGCUAUUUUUAACACUUCCUGAGAAUCCAUAUGUGUUUGCUUUUAUUGGAACGCUUUUCUUAUUAUACAUUGUUUUAUUAAUUUGGUCAGUUAAAAAUGAUAGAAAAGAUAUGAUGAAAACAAGUAUUAUUUUUCUUGAAGACAACAUCACCUCUGACAGGUUUGGUUAUUUAGUAACUGUGUUUACUGGAUCAAGACUUUGUAGUGGAACAACAUCAAACAUCGGUAUUAUUAUACAUGGAAGCGAUGCUUCAAGCCGAUCUCAUAUUUUACGAUCUCCAUUGCGAGAUACAUUGAAACGCAAUUGUGAUGACUGGUUUUUACUUUUUACUCCUGUACAUCUGGGAAUAAUCUCGUCCAUUCAGUUAUGGACAGAUCACAGUGGACUCUCACCUAAUUGGUUUUGUGAUAAAAUUUACAUACACGAUUUAACUACAAACACAGAUUAUUCUUUUAUGUUGAACAAAUGGUUUGGAGUUACUCAAGUGGGUAUUCGUGUAGAAUCAUUUGCAAGACCGGUAAAAAUAGAGAAAGAACAUCAGAUCACUGAAUUUUUCCUAACAAACAUCAUUUAUGGAUUUAGAGAAAGCCAUUUAUGGGUUAGUAUAGUGUCUCGCCACCCUCGAAGUCCCAUAUUAAGAUCUCAACGUUUAUCAAUGGCAAUGGUAGCAUUGAUGGUAACAUUACUUACUAGCAUAAUGUUUUAUGAUGUAGUUAUACCUCAUAUUGAAGAACCAUCCAGUUAUUCAGUCCAAGUAACCCAAAUCUUAAUAUCUAUUUACAGUUUAGCCAUAGCUUCAGUAAUUACUUCAAUAGUUUACCUAGCAUUCAAGAAAAGCUACAGUUAUCAUUAUCUGAAAGAAAGUACUGCAAAAAAACAACAGAAAAGAAAUGAUGACACUCCUAAAAAGGUCGAUAAAAGAUUAAUUACUGGUCCAAAAUCUAAACACAGAAUGGUGAAAUACGCAAAACAGGGCUUAAUUAAACUGAAGAAGAAAUACUUUUACCCUGUACAGAUAAGAACAGAUGAAAAACAGUUUUUCAUUGUUAAGAAAGUAAGGGCAACAUUUGCUUGGAUCUUAUGUAUAAGCACAAUCGUAAUUACAUGUUUUUAUAUCAUUCUGUUAGGAUUAAAAAUCGGCAAAGUAAAAAGUUUACUGUGGCUGACAAGUACAGUGAUGUCUCUUGGAUCAGAUUUGUUUGUUGUGGAUCCGGGUAAAAUAGUCUUUAUUGCUUUAAUUUUAGGUAUUGUACAAACACAAGUAUGUAACUUAUAUGCCUAUGAUCCAAGUAUAUACCAACUAAGAAAAGGACCACAUAUAAAAAUAGACUUAAAUCAAGAUCAAUUUGUUCACAAAUUAAGGUUACAUCAUGCCUACAGACAUUUAUCUAAAGAAAACUUGAAACUGAUCCAAAACCAAAUUAAUAAAAUUCAGAAUUGGUGGGCGUUUAUUGACAGUUUUGAUAUAUGUUUUCUAGUCAUUGCUGCAUUUUGUGUCAUUUCAGAAGCCGUUUCUGGAGAGUUCACAAAUAACUCUUUUUUCAAAAAGUUACUUUUCAAAAAUGUAAAUUCUGGAAAUUACCAACCAACAAUGAGCAUAACAAGCAUCCCUUCUUAUUCACAAUAUAUUCAAGACACAAUUCUGCCUGCUAUUUAUGUAACUAAAUGGUACAACAAAUUACCACUUACAGCUGACAAUGAGAAGUUUGAAGACACUGGUUGGACUCGAGAUGCAGCUCACAGAAUGAUGGGAAUCCCUCGACUUCGCCAGAUCCGAACUGUCCAAAAGUUAUGUAAUAUUCCAUCGAUUUUACAAAAUUUAACAAUGUAUUGUAAUGUACGUUUUUCGUUGUCCACAGAAGAUAUAGAUGAUUAUGGUGCAGAGUGGAAGAAGGUUUUUUUUUACCAAGAUGUUGUGUUUUCUGGACAUCCUUGGUUAUAUACAUAUCCUGAACAAAGCAGCUCUCUCAGUAUAGUUACAGAAUCUGAUAAAAUAUUUCAUGGGGGAGGUUAUAUUGCUGAACUGAAACGAAACCGAAGAGAAUCUGAAGACACAGUUUUCAAUCUCCUGGAUUCUGGCUGGCUGGAUGCAAGAACUAGAGUAGUAUUUUUGGAAAUUUCAAUUUAUGGUGUCAAUGAAAAUGUUUUUACCUCAAUUAUUUUCUUAACUGAACACUUGGAAAGCACAUUGAUUAUUUCAGGUGAACGAGUCUGGUCAAUUAUAAUUCAAAAUGGGAAUGUUUUUGACAUUAUAUUUAUUAUAUACGCAAUUCUUGGAAUAAUAAAACUCAUUAUGAUUUUAAACACAGUGGGAGUAACAACAUUUGUAACAAGUUUUUGGACAAUGUACGAUCUGGGUUUAGUCUGUAUUGUAAUCAGCUACUUCUUGGGUCACAGAAUGUAUUUGUUCAUGUCUUCAUUACAAUACGAAGAACUGCAAAAGAGUGGGAAAGACAGAUUAUCUCAGUUUCAUAGACUGAUUUUCGAUCUUCAUCUGUUUCGUAUUUUAUUGGGAUUAUUAUUUAUUUUUGCAAUGAUUAGAACUCUUCGAUUGCUUAAAUAUGGAACAAGGAUCAUAUCUCAGAAGCAAAAGUAUACACUGUAUUUAUCUUGGCCCAAAAUACUGUGGAUGACUUUAGCUCUGAUAACAAUUCUGUUCAGUCUGCAACGAUUGGUUGCCUAUACACUCAACACUCUGUAUCCAAUAAGAAUUUCUAAUUUGGCUGCAUACAAAAUGAGUUUUCAUCACUUGAGUAAACGUGCAAUUCCUUCAGGCAACAAAAUGUUUAUUUUACUCCCAUGCUUUACUUCGUCUGUGGCUAUAGUUUUUUACGUCUUGGUUUUAGUUAAAAGCUACAGUAUUUCAUCCAUUGUUUAUGAGAGAGAAAAACUUGCAUGAAUUAAACUGUACCAAUGAUCAAAUAAAUCAAGAAAUUGUUUAGACAUUAUUAACUUGUAAAAAUAUUGACAAUAAAUAUCAAUUUUGUACACCAAAUAAAUGUUGAUUACCCUUUUUUAUUGAUCACUGUAACAUUUUACUUUGUUAUUCACAACUACACAAUAGU